UAUGAGCCUUUUUUUUCUGGUUUUGCAGCAGAAGCACAGAUAUAUGAUAAGUUAAAAGAAGUGAUGCAAACGGUCGAUUUGGACGAAGUAACCAGUAGAGAUAUUCGCCUGAAGGUCGAAGAAAGUUUGGGAAUGAAUUUGGACGAGUACAAAGAUUUCAUCAGUCGCCAAGUGAUGGUUAUUAUGGGCCAAAUGGAUACAGCAUCGCAAAUUUUCCCUUAUCUCUACUUGGGCACCGAAUGGAAUGCAUGCGAUUGGCAAUGGCUUGAAAAUAACAAUUUGGUGCUGGGAUAUUUUUUGAAUAUAUCCAUUGCCAUUUGCAGUGUCAAAUAUAUUGUAAACGUGACGAAUGAGGAGUAUGGCUGGGCACUUUCGGAAGCCAUGGAACAUGUAAAAAAUAAACGUGACUGCAUUACACCAAAUCUUGGCUUCGUUGAGCAACUCAGAACAUUUGAAGGAAUGUUGCAUGCUUUCAAGAAACGUGAUCAAUUUGAUGUAAGCCCAUCAACAUCAUCCACUGAAUCGUCUGACUCGCUACGCUCUCGCAACAAGGAUGAGAAAUCCACGGCCUGUGCUGAUGAUGCUGUUCUGUUAAGGAAUCCGUUCAAAAUCUGA